AAAUUCCUGAAGAUUUCCUCAUAGUUCCUACCCUGAGUGCCACAGAACUUUCAGAACUUGUCACUCGAGCAAGUUGGAUUCCAGCGGAUCAGACGGUUUCUUUUUAUUUCUCUACGGACAAAAAACACUUGCGAGGUAUUUGUGAUAAUAAUCAUCAAUCAGCCAUGUCGUGGAGGCUGCAAUGCACGGCUCUGAUACUGGUUGUCGGUUUUCUACAGCUGGCCAGUUCAUUCAAUGUUGAUAUGAAAAGCCCUAUGAUGUUUACUGGCUCAAAAGAAGAUAUGUUUGGAUAUACAGUUAAGCAGUUUGAAAAUGAAGAAGGAAAAUGGCUUCUGAUUGGUUCACCUUGGGAAGGACAGCCCAAAAAUAGAACUGGUGAUGUCUACAAAUGCCCAACGUUCAAGACCAACAAUCCAGAAUGUGUGAAACUUAAUCUGACUGAAUUCUUAACAAUACCUAAUAUCACUGAAGUAAAGGAAAACAUGACACUAGGAAUGUCACUGGCAGCAAAUCCCAAGGGUGGCUUUCUGGCAUGUGGACCACUUUAUUCUUACAAGUGUGGAGGCCUAUACUAUACAGUUGGUGCCUGUUCGAAUGUAAGCUCCACUUUUCAAGUUGUAAACAGCAUAGCACCUACAGUAAAAGCUUGCAAGUCACGACUUGACAUUGUGAUUGUACUUGAUGGUUCCAACAGCAUUUACCCUUGGUCUAGUGUUAACAGUUUCCUCAUCAAACUAUUGGAAAAAAUUGAAAUUGGACGUCAGCAAACUCAGGUUGCAAUUAUACAGUAUGGCUUUAAAGUCACACAUGAAGUCAGUCUCAAUGAAUACAACACAACAGAAGAUCUCCUAGAAGUUGCUAAAAAGAUAAAGCAGUGUGGUGGAAAUGAGACAAGGACAGCUCUUGGAAUUGAGUAUGCCAGGACAAAGGAAUUCACAGUCGAGAAAGGUAUGCGCCCAGGAGUUUCAAAGGUGAUGGUUGUGGUAACAGAUGGUGAAUCACACGAUAGCUACAAUCUACCAGAGGUGAUCGAGAAUUGUGAAAAGGACAACAUUAGGAGGUUUGCUAUUGCAGUGCUUGGCAGUUACAACAGAGGAAAUCAGAGUGCUGAAAAAUUUCUGAAAGAAAUAGAGUUUAUCGCAAGCUCACCUAAAAAUAAACAUUUUUUUAAUGUAUCAGAUGAAAAAGCAUUAGUGACAAUAGCAGAGGCCCUUGGAGAACAAAUCUUUGCUUUGGAAGCAACCAAUGACAAACAAGCUGCCUCUUUUGAAAUGGAAAUGUCACAAGUGGGAUUCAGUACACACAUGACAGAGGAUAGUAUCAUGUUGGGAGCUGUUGGAGCCUAUGAUUGGAAUGGAACAGUCCUUCUGGUGAACAACAAUGAAACAGUCAUCCCUGAAAAUGAGACAUUUUUCGACAAAUCAAAAGAAAGUAAUGAACCACUUGCUGGGUAUUUAGGUUACUCUGUCAGCUCUGCCUCAGUUGCUGGAGAUGUGUGGUAUGUUGCUGGACAACCUCGGUAUAAUCAUACAGGACAAGUUGUAAUUUAUAAUUAUAAGGGAAAUAAAACAAGCAUCAUACAGACCCUGAAAGGAGAACAGAUUGGUUCCUACUUUGGCAGUACUGUGUGUGCUGUUGAUGUAGAUAAAGAUUCUCUAACUGAUAUCCUUUUAGUUGGAGCUCCUAUGUACAUGGGAACUGAAAAAGAGGAGCAAGGAAGAGUUUAUGUAUACACUUUAAAAGAGAACAUGUUUAAAUUCCAAAUGAUUCUUGAGCCCCUAAAUCAGCAGUGCAGUUGCCUUUCUGCCGUGGGUGUCCGUGCUGACAGAUUUAAUGAGGCCACAAAUGAAGACCACAAAUGCUCUCAGCCCAUCCGGCAACCAUGUGGUUCCCGCUUUGGAACAGCCAUAACUGCAGUUUCAGACCUAAACCUCGAUAACUACAAUGAUGUUGCAAUUGGAGCCCCUUUGGAAGGGAACCACCAGGGGGCAGUCUACCUCUUCCAUGGAUCUGGCACAACGAUAAACAGAAAGCAUUCACAGCGCAUCGCUGCAUCUUCACCGAAUGAACAUUUCAAAUAUUUUGGCCAAUCAAUUGAUGGGCAGAUGGAUUUAAAUGAUGAUGGGCUCGUGGACCUUACUAUUGGAGCAAUAGGUGGUGCCGCCCUCUUCUGGUCCCGCAACAUAGCUCAAGUGACGAUUAGCAAACUGAAAUUUCAGCCCCACAAAAUCAAUGUCCAGAACAAGAACUGUGUAAUCGACGAGAAGCCAACAGUGUGCAUUACAGCAGACAUCUGCUUCAAUGUCAGGCUGAAGUCUGAUAAACCUGAACCAGUUGUUCUUGACUACAGUAUCAGACUAGACUCUGCACGGCGUGUCUCCAGAGGGCUCUUUAAUGAAACAAGUGAAAGAAAUAUCCAAGGAAACAUCACAUUACCCUUCCAUAACUGCACUGAACACAUCUUCUACAUGUUGGAUGCUCCAGAUUUUCUAAAUCCUGUGGAGGUCCUGGCGGAGUUCAAUCUGUCAAAUCCAGAGGAAGGACCAGUGCUGGAUGUUGACCUGCCAAAUUCAAAGAAAGCUUUGGUGCCUUUCACAAAAGAUUGCGGAGAGGAUGGAGAAUGCAUCAACGACCUAAAGCUUAGUGCCCAGGCAGACAUAGAGGGUGACAGCUCAGAUCCUUACGUCGUGCAAACCAAUCAGAAAAAAUUCAAUCUGGUGAUUAAAUUAAUAAACCAAAAGGAAAAUGCCUACAACUCAAGAAUAGCAGUGACCUUUUCGAAGAAUAUCUAUUUUGCUGGAGUUGAGCAAAAUGAUGAUUGCAUGCCAUUAGGACCAAACAAUGUGACAUGCAAAGUAGGAUAUCCUUUUCUUACACCGGAAGCAGAGAUUUCCUUUAAGAUGAAAUUUGAAUUCAAUACCACUCAUCUCCUUGGUGAUGUUUUUAUACACCUGGAGGCAACAAGUGACAGCAGUGAGCUAAUUGAAACAAUGAGUGACAAUGAAGUCUCCAUCUCCAUUGCAGUAUUAUAUGAAGCUGGACUGCAUUUUUUAAGCAAUUUAAAAGAUUACCAUUUUAAGAUAGCAGUCAAUGAUACUUUCCCUGAUGUUAUUAAAAGCACUGAGGAGAUUGGGGAUGCAGUGGACAUCACCUACAUGAUCGAUAAGGAAGGAGAUUUUCCAAUUUCACAUCUUACAAUGAGUGUAACAUUCCCAUACUUAUCUCCAGCAAACAAUACUCUUCUAUAUUUGACUGGAAUGACAUUUUCUUCUAAUAAUGUUGGCAUGUGUCAUGACUCAGAGUUCAUGGAUCCUCUGAAGAUAGACCCUAAAAACCCACACAAACCAGCCCCAGAAGAGGAGCGUCUCACAAAUACCAUUGGGAUAUGUAAAAAUAAUGCUGGAUGUGCCUCCUUCUCCUGCACUAUAUAUCCAUCAAGUUUUGUCCAAUUUAAUAUGUCACUAAGAAUAUGGAAGCCUUCAUUUAUCAAAGCAGAUUUUAAGUCAAUAAGUUUAAUGAUAACAGCUACACUAACAAUUGAAAAUUCUCCAUUUGUGGUGUUGAACAAAGCAAAAGAAAGAAGUGCUGUGAGGGCUGUGACUAUAGGUAUAUCCAAAGAAUUCCAUGGAGGGGUUCCAAUCUGGGUGAUUGUCCUCAGCAUUCUUGCUGGCCUGCUGCUCCUAGCUCUUGUAAUAUUGGCACUGUGGAAGGCUGGAUUUUUCAGAAGGCCCUUAAAAGAAAAAAUGUGAAAGGUCACAAGAGACUAUUAGCAGAACAAUGGAAGGCAAAGGGUGGUCUUCGUUACAGACAGAAGACUCCAGUCUGUGAUGUUAACAGAGCAGCUGCCGAUCUAAUCCCUCAUGGCAAGUCCCAAGACAAGAAAGUCCACUACUUUCAAAAAUAUGUGCUUUAGAUCACUUGAUGGAAAUCAGAAACAACAGAUGUUGUCCCUGGGUCAGUGGUUCCACAGUGUGAUUUGUGAGUUAAUUUGGCUUGGACUUCUCUUCACUCAGAUGCAGCAGUGAAUAGUAAAAAAACUAUUGAUAAAACAGUGUCAAACAACCAGUGCUCAGCCAUCCCCAAAAUGCCACUCGUGAUUUCCGUUUUUAUUGGAGGUGAUGGUUGGCAGGUGAUUGAAUGAAUGUAGCACUUUAUCCACCAAUUUCCAAAAUUAAAAUUACUCACACUUAUUUCUUUUCCUUUCAUUUUGUAUCGUUGGAUUAUUAGAGGAAUUGCAAGAAUAAUGUUUCUACUUCAACUCUGUUUUGAAAGUCUUAAGGAAAUGUUGCUGAAUCCAGUAAGGUUGUAUGUCAAUACUGCUCACAAAAAUCCUCCUUGUGCCACUAUUCGUUCACAAACUGCACUCAUGGAAUGCUCUAACCCCUCACUGUACAGUAAUGCUUAUUUACUGCAUUUUUAUGUAUUUCCUUCUGCACACUGUAACUUAUUAAUGCACACUGAUCUGUAUGAUCUGCUUUAUGAUUAUACUAAGCACAUAGCAAACUCUUCCACCACUGCCCUCAAUGUGUAUAAAAUGUCUGACUUUCACCCUAGCAGUACACAGUCCACCAAACGUCAUCAAUUUCAUUAGCAUCUUUAAAACCAGUAUCCAAUUUAGAAUGAAGGCUCAACAAGUGAAAUUAUUUUCUUUGGCACAUGAGCUUGUAGAGUCCUGCACUGCACACAGACUAAUGUGAUAGAGAAACAAAGGACUGCAGAUGCUGGAAUCUAGAUGAAAAACACGAUGAUGCUGCAGGAACUCAGCAGGCCAGGCAGCAUCCGUGGAGAAAAGCAGGCGGUCAACGUUUCGGGUCAGGACCCUUCUUCAGGACUGAAAAUAGGAAAAGGGGAAGCCCAAUAUAUAGGAGGGAGAAGCAGAGCAGUGAUAGGUGGACAAAAGGAGGGAGGCAGGGUGGGCACAGGGUUGUGAUAGGCAGAUGCAAGUAAGAGAUAGUGAUAGGCAGGUGCGGGGGAAGAGAGGAGAGUGGACGCACUGGGGGAUGGGUCAAAGGUAAGAAGAGAGAGGGAAAAAAGGCUAGGAAAGGGAAGAAGAGAAGAAGCAUGGUGGGGGGAGUGGGAAUGUUGUGGGGAAGGGGGUGGGGAUUACCUAAAAUGGGAGGAUUCAAUAUUCAUGCCAUUAGGCUGCGAGGUUCCAAGACAGAAAUUGAAGUGCUGUUCCUCUAGUUUGCGCUUGGAAUUCUCCUGGCAGUGGAGGAGGCCGAGGACUGACAUAUCAGUGACAGUGUGGGAGGGGGAGUUGAAGUGACUGGCAACAGGGAGGUGCAGAUCGCGGUUAUGGACAGAGUGCAGGAGUUCCGCGAAAUGGUCACCUAGUCUGCAUUUGGUCUCACCAAUGUAAAGGAGGCCACACUUGGAGCACCAAAUGCAGUAGAUGAUAUUAAGGUGGGUGCAGGUGAAUCUCUGUCUCACCUGAAAGGACUGUUUGGGUCCCUGGAUGGAGGUGAUGUAGGGGCAGGUAUUGCACCUAUGUCUGGGGCAGU